UGGCAAUGAUUUGAACGCGUGGAGUGAAACGUCAGCCACGUACAUUGAACAGUUGUCAAUAUUCGUAACAUUUCACUAUUCUCGUCGCUGGAAAGUUGUAUUAAUUUUUCAUUUUAUUAGUUAACUAUAAGACACAAUGGCUGCAAAAUUACUAACAUUGAUUGUUAUCAUCGCUGCGGCUGCGACAGCAGAUGAAGAACCAUCGCUCGCAAAGCUUCUUAUCUCAAAACAAGUAUUAAACAAAUACCUGGUAGAAAAUAUGGAUAUUUUAAUAAAAUACACAUUGUUUAACGUGGGAACAGCACCAGCUGUGGAUGUGAAGCUCGUGGAUAAUGGAUUCCACCCAGAAGUGUUCACAGUGGUUGGAGGACAAUUAAACGCCCAGAUCGACAGGAUAGCUCCACAGACCAAUGUGUCUCAUGUAGUCACAGUAAGAUCCAACAGAUAUGGAUACUUCAAUUUCACAGCAGCAGAAGUCACAUACAAGCCAAAUGAAGAUGCUGCUGAGGUCCAAUAUGCGAUCAGCAGUGCCCCAGGAGAGGGAACAAUUGUUGCUUUCAAGGAUUAUGACCGAAAAUUCUCUUCCCACAUCUUAGACUGGACUGCCUUCGCUGUUAUGACUCUGCCAUCUCUUGCAAUUCCAUUUGGUCUCUGGUUCUCAUCGAAGAGCAAAUAUGAGAAGCUCUCAAAACCCAAAAAGACUCAUUAGUUAGGUAUUAGUAACUUAGUAAAAAAAUCUUUAGUAAUGUUGUUUGUUUUAUUAAACCUUAUUAAAUAGUACAUGCAGAGUACCAGCUAGCAUAAAAUAAAAGGAAUAGUAAAUUAUAUUUUACUUUGCAAAACAUUUUGUUGAAUAUUUGGAUUAACUAAAGCUGUGAAAUUAUUUCAUUUUCUCAUUAUUUUCAUCCAUAUCAUCUUUAUUUGUUAUUAAUUUAUAUGAACAAUAAAAGAAUAAUUUAUAAGA